UAGCAAAAAGUAAAAUUAAAAAACCCUAAUUUUCCAGUUCAUCCCCAAAUCUUCCCAUACGAGUUGUGCUGACUGCUGAGUUUUCCACUGAAUCCAAACAGACAAUGGAUCCUGACAUUGCGCGGUGGGUUGCGGAAUUCCACCUCCGGAGUUCCGCCCCCGAUUCCCUCGUCUCCAAGAUCCUUAGGGUCCUUAAUCUCUCCGGCGCCGAUCCCAAACUUAAGAAAACCCUACUCCUCCGCACCCUCCGAUCCCAACUCUGCAAUGCCUCAAUCACCGAAACCGCUCUCGAGAUACUGGAGCAAAUCGAAGCGAUUGACCGAAACGACGCCGUUCCGAUCAUCGAUUCCAUGCGCAGAGCCUACUGCGCCGUCGCCGUCGAGUGCACCGUCAAAUUCCUCGCCGCCUCCUACGACGGGACCACCAGCGGUGAGUACUUAUCCGCGGUGACGCGUAUCUGGCGCGGCCGCGUGGAGGAGUUGGAGCAGCGCCAGAGCGAGCUGUUCUUCGACGAGAUUGCGCGAUGGAGGGACGACAUUGAGGCCGCUCUUUUUGACACUAGGGUUUCUGAUAGGUUGAAGGAGUUGAAUACCCGAAACGACGCGUUUACUGAAGUUAGGUUUUAUCUGCAGGAAGUGUGGGAAACAAUGGGUCCUUCUUUUCUUGAAUCGGUAGCAGAACAAAGAACAAACAAGGUAAAGACGAAGGGCAAGGGGAAAGGAUUGCCGAAUGUGAUUUUGAAUCCGGUGCCGGAGACUAGAGUGGCAGGGUGUACGACAGGUGUUUGCAGAAAUGCCUCUGGUGCUGAACAUGCAAGGGAUCAUGGUGUUGAUGACAAUGGUGACGACGACAAUGAUGGUUCACGUUGCAUGGACGGUGUGGAGGUGAAGAGAGCUGAAGGUUCUGUUGAUGGAACCCAGGAGCCUGCAAAGGAGAAGAAAGCAAGAGGCAAUCCUCAACUUCAACGCAAGCUGCCUGCAUUUCGUAGAUGCAGUAGAGGAGUUAAAAUGUCUAGUGCUGAGGAAUUGGGGACAGAAAGAUCAUGGAGAAAAAAUGAUACUGUGCUAAGUGGAGAAGUUAAAACGGCCCGAGAAUCUCUUAAAUCAAGUUUUUCAGAGCUACGAGCAUUGGUCAAUGAUCCUCUUCCCGAGGCAUUGGAUAUAUCUGAUGCUGUUAGAUCUAAACUUGCACGGAAAGGAACAAAUCAUGAACAGCCAAUGGAAAACCAUAGCAGAGAUGUAGAUGUACCAAACUCAAAUACUUGCAGGGCUAUUAUUCCUUAUCAACCUAAAGAUGCGGAGCACAAGAAGUCGCCUUCUGUUCGUCAUAGUAGAGUUAAUGCUGAACGUCCCAAUUCAACUGAGCCAAACAAUACUGCUCAUAAAAGACCCAGUUUGAUGGAACCGAAUGGUACUUCUCAAACUUAUGAGUGGAAUGAUUCAAUAGAAAACAUGCCCAAUGGAAUGCAGCUAAGAAGGAAGAAAAGAAAAUGGUCUUCAUUGGAAGAGGAGACACUAAGAACUGGUGUACAAAUGUAUGUGUUAGCUCUAAACUAGUCAAACCGAAAAGAGCAGGGUGAACUGUCUUGAAUGUUUGGUGCAGGAAAUUGGAAAACAAUUCAAAGUUUUUACAGUGAUGUAUUUGAACAUAGACUAGCAGUUGAUUUGAAGGACAAGUGGAGAAACAUGAUGCGGUAUUGAUGGACAUGUGUAUAUCUUAGGGAGGUAUAUUUCUUUGCAUUUAUAUCUACAGUUCAUAAAGUUAUUUGUUUUAAGGCUCAUUCUUUAAUGCACCCAGUAAAAAGUAUGCAUCAAGGUUCUAACUUCUAUGGAUGCAACCAAGUUUUUUUGAAGAGGGAUCUAUGACCUAUGUACCAACUUUGCUGCCAAUACACUUCAGUUUUAUACCUGGCUUUAAGAGCUCAUAUAAAGGUACAUAAAUGCAAGAUUAUUUGGGAAGCUUGAGACUGAAGGAAAUGCUGCCGAUUUUGUUGCAAUUGAUUAGUACUAUGUAUAGAGAUAUAGUUAGAUGGUGCUUUUCGUCUUCUGGAUAUCCUUUGCAUUCAGUGUAAAUCUUAGAUCUUUUAAUUAAGUGUAUUUUGUGUUGGUAGUAGGUAGAUAGGGUAAUAGUGUAUUACUCUAAAUAUUGCAUUGUUACCACUCAAUAGCAAGUGCAACUCGCUACCCUUUAUCUUUGUCUUGUGAAAAAGAUAGACAUUCAUUUUAGUAAAUUCUAUCUGACUAAUAUAAUUUAAUUUUCUGA